AUGGCGCCUGUGCGUGAUCGAUACCGUGGUAUUCUCGUUGAAAUGUCCGUAUUUGUGAUGUAUCUGGUUGUCGGUCGGCCCGAAUGGUGCCCUGUGACUGCGGGGCCUGCGCCCCGCAUGCCGUGGUCCGACCUCAAUGUAAAUGAAAACAAGAUGGCGGACGCAAUUGUAAAAUUAAGACGCAGUUGCGCGCUCGCCCCGCGCACGCUGGCAACGCCGCACUCGCACAGCGCGCUAGCCAAUCGCUCUAAACGA